AUGCGCCUCUUGCUGACGCCGGCCGUUCGGAGCGCUGUAUUCUAUGUCGGCUCCACGAUAUUCUGCUCCUUGGUGGGCAAAGUGGUUGUCACACGGUUCUUCUUUGACUAUCCAGUAGUCAUUCUCAUGCUUCAAAUGGCCACCAGUCUCUUUAUCAUCGAGUUGUUGAGGGUGUUCGGAGUGGUGAAGUUGUCGCCAUACUCAUUCGAAAAAGGCCGACACUGCUUCCUGCCAUCAAUUUUGCUCUGCGUCGCUCAAUGGCUUACUGUGGUCGCCUUCGAAGGGAUUGGAAUGCCUGCGUUCGAAUCUGUUAAGAGGUUCGUUACAAAGUCAUUAGCGCAACUGUAUUAG